AUGGCCCACAAGCCAAAAAGGGACCCACCGGUCCUCCUCCCCCCUGGGGAGCUCGCUGGCCAGCACCGCACAGGGCCCACCGGUCCUCCUCCCCCUGGGGAGCUCGCUGGCCAGCAACACACAGGACCCACCGGUCCUCCUCCCCCCUGGGGAGCUCGCUGGCCAGCACCGCACAGGACCCACCGGUCCUCCUCCCCCCUGGGGAGCUCGCUGGCCAGCACCGCACAAGACCACCGUCCUCCUCCCCACUGGGGAUCUCGCUGGCCAGCACCGCACAGGACCCACCGGUCCUCCUCCCCCGGUGGGUCCUCCUCCCCCCUGGGGAGCUCGCUGGCCAGCACCGCACAGGACCCACCGGUCCUCCUCCCCCCUGGGGAGCUCGCUGGCCAGCACCGCACAGGACCCACCGGUCCUCCUCCCCCUGGGGAGCUCGCUGGCCAGCACCGCACAGGACCCACCGGUCCUCCUCCCCCCUGGGGAGCUCGCUGGCCAGCACCGCACAGGACCCACCGGUCCUCCUCCCCCCUGGGGAGCUCGCUGGCCAGCACCGCACAGGACCCACCGGUCCUCCUCCCCACUGGGGAUCUCGCUGGCCAGCACCGCAUAGGACCCACAGGUCCUCCUCCCCCCUGGGGAGCUCGCUGGCCAGCACCGCACAGGACCCACCGGUCCUCCUCCCCCCUGGGGAGCUCGCUGGCCAGCACCGCACAGGACCCACCGGUCCUUCUCCCCCCUGGGGAGCUCGCUGGCCAGCACCGCACAGGACCCACCGGUCCUCCUCCCCCCUGGGGAGCUCGCUGGCCAGCACCGCACAGGACCCACCGGUCCUCCUCCCCCCUGGGGAGCUCGCUGGCCAGCACCGCACAGGACCCACCGGUCCUCCUCCCCCCUGGGGAGCUCGCUGGCCAGCACCGCACGGGAGCGCAUGGGGUUGUGCCAAUUGUUUGCCGCACCACGCGUCUCCCCACUCUGUUCCGCACCCUGUUCAAUGCAGACAACGUUGACGCUGCUGCGCCUGAACCUGAUCCCGGCCCGUCAUGCAGCUCUCGCCCUAUGACGGGUCUGGAGUUUCUGAAAGGCGUAACAAAUUAG